UGGACUUAUGAUUUGUGUUGGUCAUUAGAAAUUUAUACUUAUAAGUUAUAGUAUUUAUUACAUUCUACAAAAGUAUCCAAAAACCACAAAUGUUUUGCAUUAAGUUAACUAGGAAAGAAAAAGUAUAUUGUUAGUGUUUCAAAAUCAUAUCACUGAAGUUAUAAAGUUAGUCUAUUCAUGUAAUUAGUUUUUAAUAUUAGUUUAUUACUGUUUGUAGUUUUUUAAGUGAUAUGUCUUCAAAUAUUAAGCCUAUUUUUAGUAUUAAUAACAAGUUGACAAGUUUGUGUUCACAGCUUACAAACUUCUCUAAAAUGUAAUAUUACAAAACAUUUUAUGAAGAAACAAGGAUCACAUCUGUAAAAUAUGAUUCACAUACCCAUUGAUACAUAUAUAUAUAAAGUAUCAUACAUUUAAAUAAAGUAUUAAAGAUUAUGUCUUUAAGUAACUCUUCUGAGUCCAAGAUCCUGAUUAAAAGUAGCAUAGAAAUUAUACCCAGUAUAUCUAAGUCUGACAUUUGCAUCAGUAUUCCAGUGUUAAAGUACUUUAUCGAUGUAACUGUAAGAGGGAUGAGAGUGGGAGUGAUUCUUAUGCUGGAUGAAACGACUCAAAGUUACCAUUCAACAAACCAGACUGCUGAAGCACCAUGUCAUCAAAGUCAGAACCAGCCCACAGGUUUAGAAGAGCUAACCUUCUUCAUAUACCAGAAUCAGACCUCUUGUGUAAGAAUGGAUGUGGUUUCUAUGGUAACCCAGCAUGGCAAGGUUACUGCUCCAAGUGUCACAAGGAACUGUAUCAAAAAUCGAAGCACUCUAAUGUACCAGAACUUAAAUCAAAGUACUCUAGAAGGUCACCAUCUCAGACUAGUGGGGAAUCUCCAGACAGUUCUUUCCUUACUUUUUCAAAGUUUGAAGAGAAAAAAAGGCAUCAGUCUGAGAAACGAGCCAAAACAAUAAAAAGCAUUAUCAAGAGAACCAGCACAUUUAAAGAAGCAGCAGCACACUCAGGGUGGAAGGAACAACGUCACAUGAGUUUUGAGAGCCAGAAGGUUAACAGAGACUUUGGAGAGUUCUUAAAGACUCUUAGAGAGCCUGCGGCACAAGAUGUGAAAAAACACAUACAUGUUCUGAUAGAUCGGGUACAGAAAUACACAGACCGGUCUAUCGAUGAAGCAUCGGAACUUAUUCAAGACUUUUAUCAAGCAGUGGGGGAAAGAUUUGAAACUCAUCCAGCUUUCCAAGGUGCAAGUCCUGACCAGGUGGAACAGCUGAUGAACUUUACUGAAAAGUACCUGAUGACUCGACUCUACAAAGUCUUGUUUGGCCAAAUUUCUACAGAGGAUGAGGAAAAGGACCUAGCCAUCCAAAAGAGGAUUCGGAGCCUUAACUGGGUGACAGCAGAACACUUAGGUUCAGACAUUGAUGACAAACAUCCUGAAGUCAGAGAUCUUAUCGACAAAGCCAUCACAGAUAUCAUAGAAAUGGACUCUAAAAGAGCCCCACAGGACAAGUUAAGCUGUAUUGUCCGAUGUAGUCAGAAUAUCUUCAACAUAUUGCACGUAUGCCAUGGAGGUCCAGCGAGUGCUGAUGAAUUUCUUCCUGCUCUUGUUUUCAUCGUCUUGAAGGCAAAUCCUCCUCUCCUGCAGUCAAAUAUAAAGUACAUUACUCAGUUCAGUAACCCAAGUAGACUUAUGAGUGGUGAAGGAGGUUACUAUUUCACCAAUUUGUGCUGUGCUGUGGCCUUCAUUGAAAACCUCACAGCAGAGUCACUCAAUCUAAGUCAGGAUGAAUUCAACAGAUACCUCUCAGGUGAAGCAGUGCCACCUGGUGGUUAUGAACAAAAUGCAUUCUUAUGCGAAGGUCUUCGCUUGAUGUAUCAAAACCUGGCUGCUUUAUCAGACUUGCGUCAGCGGCAUGACAAGCUCAUGGCUGAAGCUCUUUCUCUUCGAGAAGAUAUGAAUAAAUUCAAGGAUACGAUCACCAAGGAAGUGGACUUAGUUUUAGCUAAAACUCCCCUUAUUAUUCAACCAUACAAGAUUCCUCCAGACAUUGACUUAAAGGUGCUACCCUCAGUCAUUCGAGAACACGUUCUGCAAGACAGAGCCAGCAGCACUUGGCCCACUGAUGUCCUCCUGACAGAAGCUACGCUGGUGGACAUUGAAAAUGACCAGAUUGCUGGACAACAGGCUGUGGAAGAUAGUGGCUGUCCUCUUUCAGCCAGUGAUAUUUUUAUCAAGCAGGCCUCAAGUCUGAAACCAAAACCAGAGAAGGUAACUCAUGUUCUUCUAGAGCCAAGUACAACAGGAACUGUUGAAACCUUUCACAAGGUCGGGGAGUAUUCACUCGAUCUCGGGGAAUUUCCUCACAGUCACUUUGUCCAGAUGUAGAUAACACUCUUGAGGACCUUGUUCUUCCUCCUCCACUCCAGCCAGUUGUAGUCGUGCAAGAAAGUACCAAUUACUUUCACAAAGAUGAAAUCAAAACACGGGAAGAUAGUAGCCCAGUAAUCACAGCCAAAAGGAAUUUAGAAGGAAGUACUGUACAGAACUUUAUUUCAGAAAAAGCUACCCAAGAAACUGAUGAGUUUUCCACUGACAUAGGAAAAGAAGUAGAAGAAAUUAGCAAUCUUUUUCUCACAGGUGAAGCUAGAACACAGGAAACUAGUUGUCUAGCAAUGAUUUCCGAAGAUGAUGUUGAGGAAACUACCGUACAGAACUCAAUUUUAGAAAAAGAAACACAAGAAAUUGAUGAACUUGCCACUGGUGUGAAAUGUGAAACACAGGAAAGUAGUGUUCUGGUCACCACCUCAGAUUGUGAAUUGCAAGAAAGUAACAUCUCACCCAUCACUUCAGAUAAUGUUGUUUUAAAUAAUAAUGACCCAACCAGUACAUCAGGAUGCGAGACAUGGGAAAACUAUGUUCCAAGUGCCCCAUAACGAAACGAAACACAGUAAUAUUACCUGAAAUAGAACUCAUAGUUGUUAAAUUUUAAAAGUCUAUAUUUGUCAUUAAGCUCUUAGCAUUAUUUCUUCCAGUAGCUGUGAUUCCAAGUUAAAAGAGAUAUAGUGUAUUUCACCAAAGGUGGAGAAGUAAAUUGAACAGUCAAUAGUGACAGAUCUUGUCGAAUAUCCCAUUGUUGAUAUUUGUUUUAGAAUGUCAGUUUUUAGUUUUUGCAAAUACCUUAAUACUUAUGUACUUAAGAAGUAUAGGACACAUUUUUCAUUAUUUAAAUACUACAUAUAUUUUUGAGUAGUUCGAGCUAAUAUAGACUUUAUCUCACAAACCUAAGGUACUGUAAAAAUAUUCAGUAAAUUAUAUUAGCUGCCUUUUCUACGCAUGUAAUAGUGUCACCUUUAUUAUGAAUAACCAGUAAAAUAUAUAACGAUGUUAGGUUUUAUUAGGUGUAUGUAGUUUUUUUAUCCUUAAUGAAGAUGAAAGAAUUUGUGUGCCAAAUGUAACAAGUUUUGUAACAAAAGGUAAAUAAACUCGUAUUUCCCCGAAUAUAAUACGCACUUUUUUUUUUCCACCUACCUCCCGAAAAAUUGACUGCACAUUAUAUCCGCGCACUGUCAGUUUUGUAAGGUAUUUUACUAUAAACUACCACCGUAUAAAUUUUAUAAAAUUGACACGUAAAGACAUUUCAGUAAAAGAUUUCCAAAAAUGUUUAAUACAUCAGUAGUUGUUUAUUGUAUUUAGAAACUAUUCAAUACAUUUUAUACAACUAAUUAUACGACAUAUUUUCUUCAGUUUUAUCUUUCAAUAUAGAGUGCGCAUUAUAUUCGGUCAAAUACGGUAGUUGAGUUGUUAGGCCCCACUGUCUUAGUUCGUGCAUUUUUUGUGUGUGUAUUCUAAGUUAAUGUUUAACAACCUUCUUGAACCAUGUCCAAACAAAUUUGUAAUUUAUUUUAAAGCAAUUGAUAUGCACUAUAUAAGAAGUUCAAAAGGCUAUUAAAAUAUGUAAGAAUUGCAUUUGUUUUCAAAAGGGUACUAUGAUACAGUAAUGGAUAUAGCUACUGUUGUUGGGUUAUUAACCAGAGAAUCUAUGUUAGUUACAAUUUUCUAUGCUAGAAAUAUAACAGAUGUGAAAUAUCUAAUUAUUUGAAUGUUUUUAAUAAUCUGUAAAUAUUUUUGCCUUGAAAUAAUGCUUCAGUUCUAGAUAGAAACGUCUAUUAUCUCCAGAUGUUGUAAGCCUAGUCACCAUUAGAUAUUAAAUGUCUUCAUAUUUGUAAAUUUUAGAAACAUGCUCAUGGGAUUCUAGCAAGUACAAAGCAGUUUUUAAAGUUCUACAAGCUACCUAUCCUUUCUUUUUCUUCACAGUUAGAGUUGUUUGAUACCUUAUCUCAACAAUUAUCCCUCAACAAUAAGCUUUAGGGCUUAUAAUAUUAGAAAUUGAGGUUUAAUUAUCGCUUCGGACACACAACACAAUCUACUGUGUUUGUAAUUGUAGCUUUGCUUUAAAAUGAACUCAAUUAAGAAUAAAAUUCACAGAAUUGGAAUUAAACUUCAAGAUUUGUAACUGCUAAUACUCCUAAGAUAAAAAUAAAUAAUAAUAUUCAAAGUAAGCACAAAAGUUCAAUUUCUUGAGCUUUUUAAAA